AUUUCGAUGAUGAUGCGUAUCUUGCGAACUUGUAAAAAAUCUGACGACGAAACGAACACCUCUGCUCGUCAAGGUAGCACUGAAACUGAGCCUGCCCACGACAUGAGUUCGAACUCCCUCGUCAAUAUCGUCAUGGCCUCGAUAUCGCCAGAUGCACCUGCUGAGUCCGCCUGGACGACUCUAGGACGUCAAGAUCCUCAGGAAGCGUUCGUCCUGGAAACCAUAAUUCCAGGGUUCAGUUUCAGUUAUGACAUCUUCCAGUGUAUGCACAAUGUAACGGCACUUUGAUGGAGUGCCGGACUUCUCUUGGGUAAAACUCUCAUACGACACAUGUGCCACUCGACUCCGCUUCCAGCAUCUCUAUCGCUGCGGUCGGCACGGUCUCUAUCGCCAAACAGUACUCGGCAGCCUUCUUUCUGUUUCGUAUUCCAUCGGGCGAUAUCCCGACUACCUCGAACUGGCGACGUGGUUCGGGCUGACCCUCUAUAUCGGCUCUCUAUUCCUAUCUGAUUGGGCUACGAAGGUAUGGUAGCUGAUCCUGUUGAAAGGCGUUGGUAUCGGUGUCGCUGGCGGUAUACCAUAUAUGCCUGUGGUGAAGCCGCUUCCUAAGUGGUUCUCUGAGCGCCGUGGACUUGCCGGCGGGAUCAUCUUUUCCGGAUCAGGCAUCGGAGAUUUUGCCUUCCCUCUCCUUCUCAGUACU